AUGACACUCUUUGCCCCCCUUCAAGGCGUCCUCCGUCGACCGAUCAUCACAAAGCUGUCACAGUGUCUACUUUUUCCUAGAGCGUUGCCAGUACGGUGUCACAGCAACUUGUCAAGCCCUAAUAAACCUUCAGAUUCUCCUCUGCCGUCGAACGAUGCAAUGGAUGGGGCUGCCGGAUAUGUUCUUACAAAGGCAGACGACUUGAUCAACUGGGCCAGACAGGGCUCACUUUGGCCUUUGUCAUUCGGGCUCGCCUGUUGCGGAAUCGAAAUGAUGGGCUCGUCCAUGCCCCGCUAUGAUCAAGACCGACUGGGUAUCAUUUUCCGCGCCUCCCCACGACAAGCCGAUGUGAUGAUAGUGGCCGGCACCGUGACCAACAAGAUGGCACCAGCGUUGAGACUCCUCUAUGACCAGAUGCCCGAGCCCAGAUGGGUCAUCAGCAUGGGUAGUUGCGCAAAUGGGGGAGGGUAUUACCACUACAGUUACAACGUUGUCCGCGGGGUGGACCGUCUCGUCCCUGUCGAUAUCUACGUCCCUGGCUGUCCCCCAACCCCGGAGGCGCUUUUGCAGGGCAUCUUUCUUCUCCAAAAGAAGAUGCGCAGAACAAAGAUCACCCGGGCGUGGUAUAGGCGCUGA